GAUUACUCUUACUGCAAGGAACAGAGAGAAAAGGGUGACAAGAAAUAUGGCCUUCGUGUGGCAAUAUCGACGGGCAGCCUUGCUGUGUUUCAUGCUCUUAGCCCUGAGGUCCGAGCCCGAUACAUCCUCACCGGGCGGAGUCAGAACUGCGGCGGGGAAGAAGACGGAUGUCUGGCCGAGGAAACGCGUGGCACGAGUCGAUGGGGACGUGAUCCUCGGCGCCUUGUUCCCCGUACACUCCCGCUCCGAUGUCCACACCUGCGGGCCCAUCAUAGAACAGGAGGGCAUCCAGCCCUUAGAGAUGCUGCUCUUCACCUUAGACAAGAUCAACCAGAACUCUACCUUCCUUCCGAACAUCACGAUCGGCGCUAGGAUCCUGGACAGUUGCGACUCUGAUGCCUACGCGCUUGGGCAGGCGGUGGAGUUCAUCAAGGGAGCCAUGACUGAUGCAGGGGACUCCGAGUACGUGUGUGUGGACGGGAGCUCGCCAGUGGUGAAGGAGCGGCAUCCCAUCGUCGGGGUGAUCGGAGGGGCGUCAAGCGUGGUCUCCAUACAAGUGGCCAACCUGCUCCGGCUCUUCAAACUGCCACAGGUGAGCUACUGGUCCACGAGUCCAGACCUCAGUAACAAGGACCGGUUUGACUACUUUUUCCGCACCGUGGCCUCGGAUGUCUACCAGGCCAGAGCCAUGGUGGAGAUCCUGAAAGCCUUCAACUGGACCUACAUCUCUGCCGUGUACGAGGACUCUAACUAUGGCAUCAAGGGCAUCUCUGCCGUCGAAGACCUGGCAAGGGCUUCUGGGAUAUGUAUCGCAGUCUCGCUCAUGGUCUCGCGAGAGGCCGGUGACACGCGAGAGGAGGAGUUUAACAAGAUACUGCAGGAGCUGCUCGAUAAGCCGAAGGCAAAAGCUGUGAUUGUCUACCUUGUCGAGAGGGACGCCAAGAGCUUCUUCGCCGCCGUCAGCCGCUUCAACGCGUCGGGAAAGUUCAUCUGGAUCGGCAGCGACGGCUGGGGCGGGCGGCAGAUCCCAGUUGCAAAACAGGAGUGGGCGGUAGAGGGCGCUAUUACCGUCCAGCCGCGAGCGCGCGUCAUCUCCAAGUUCGACGAGUACUUCACCAGCCUGAAACCCGACACCAACGUCCGAAACCCGUGGUUUAAGGAGGCCUGGGAGUCGCACUUCGAGUGCAGGAUACCCGGGACUGCCGACACCCCAUUUAACGACUUCGCGACCACGUGUUCGGACGACAUGGUGCUGGACGAGACAUCCGGGUACCAACAGAACUCUCUGCUCCAAUUGGUCGCCGAGAGCGCGCUGGCGUUCGCGCAUGCGCUGAAGGACAUGCAUGCGGACUACUGCGGUGACGAGCCGGGUCUGUGCAGCAACAUGACGCUGAUAUCAGGCGAGAGGCUCAAAGACUAUCUACUUAACGUCUCGUUUGAAGGUCAUGACCGUCAGGAGUUCCAUUUCCAGCCGAACGGUGACGGCCCUCCCCGCUACACCAUCAUGAACUUCCAGCGGGACCAGAACGACAGGUACUCCUGGAAACGUGUCGGUUACCUCGACGAGGAGAUCUUCAAACUGGAGAUGAAGGAGAUCCACUUCAGACGACAGCCGGCCGGUUACCAAGGUAACGGUUACCAAGGUUACCCGGUGUCCAUGUGCAGCGCGCCGUGUCCCCCUGGCCACGAGAAGAAGAUUUCGGCCCGCGACAGCUGUUGCUGGUCGUGUAACCCCUGUUCAGAGUUCCAGUAUCUCUCCAAAGAGGACUUCUGCACCGAAUGCCCGCUUGGACAAAAACCUGACAAGGGAAAGACAACCUGCGUGUCCAUACCUGAAGACUAUCUCACCUACAGCAGCGCGUACGCUAUAGCCAUCACCACGUUCGCCAUUUUCGGUAUCAUCUGUACUCUUGUUGUGGCUGCAAUUUUUAUGAAGUACGGAGAGACUCCCGUGGUGAAGGCGUCCGGUAGGGAGCUGUGCUACGUGCUGCUGGUUGGGAUAUUCUGUUCACACGCUAUAACGUUUGUCCUAGUGGCGAAACCGACCACACUGACGUGCGGGAUGACCAAAGUGUCCGUCGGCGUGUGCUACGCGCUCUGCUACGCCGCCCUUCUCACCAAGACCAACAGAAUAUACCGCAUUUUCCACAACAAGGGCAAGAAGAAGCAGAAGUACAUCAGCCCAAACUCCCAGCUCUUCAUAACAUUCAUGUUCGUGCUUGUCGAGGUUGUGGUUGUCGUCGCGUGGUUGAUCGUGAGCCCACCGGGUACCACAUACUUCUACCCAAGCCGUGAUCAGAACCAACUGGUCUGCAAGGGCGCCAACGAUGCUUCUUACACCAUAGGCCUGGCAUAUCCCUUCUUGCUAAUGAUCCUCUGCACGGUAUACGCCAUCAAGACCAGGAACGUUCCGGGCGGCUUCAACGAAGCCAAGCUGAUCGGCUUCACCAUGUACACCACGUGCGUGAUCUGGCUGGCCUUCGUGCCGAUUUACUUCGUCAGCGCCAGUAACGUAGCGAUCCGCGUGACGGCGCUGAGUGUCUCCAUCGGGCUGAGCGGCACGGUGACGCUGGUGUGCCUGUUCGCGCCCAGGGUCUACAUCAUCCUCUUCCACCCCGAGGAGAACACCAGACACGGCGUCAUGAGAAACACAUUCAGAUCCAAAAUAGAGAACGGAGCGUUUUCCGUGGCCGCAGACCCCCCGUCCACGUACCAGCCCUGCGGCACCAAACCUUCAGCAACCAUCAGCGAGAACAUCGAUAUCCAGGUGGACGUCAUCAGCAAAAAUAACCAACAGCUGAAACUGCCCGAUACCAGCCCGCCGGCUGAAACACGCGCCUAA